CUCUCGAGCACACCCGCUCGUCCCAUCUUCAAGUACGGUGAAGGGAUUCAAAUUGCUCAGAGUCUCUCCCAGCUCAGAGUUUGGGAAACUGGGAUGCGCGCCAGUGCGCAUCCAGAUCCCAGGCCCGGUCCUGCCUGGAUGCUGGACACCGAGCCCCCUUGAGCUCUGCCAGGAUGGCGCUCAGACCGCAGAUUCCAGAGCCGGCUGAUGUGGUUGCCGAGGCCCGCGUGUCGCCAGCUCCCCGGUUCCCUCGCGCUUUUCUGGCGUUCUUGGCUCAACCGUCACUCGAGCAGCGGAUGCCCGGAUUCGGCCACCUCCGCCGAGGUCCGAAGCAUCCGAAGUGGAAACGGGGCUAGAAGUCACCGCCCGUCCGCGCCUCUCAGCAUGGGCAGCUACCUGGGCAAAGCGGGGUCCUCGCCGCGGUCCCCAGCACAGGGACGUGCAGACGCACGGGAGAAGCCUGCGACCCGCCGACCUGCUAGGCCCCUCUACCAGGUCCACCGUGUGCAGCACGUCCACCGCGCCCAGCCCGCCCGGAGACACAGGCCGGCCCGGAGGCCGCCCAACUGGGAUCCCGCCAACCCUGCCGCUUUCGUCAGUGAGGCCUGGAGGCGCUUUCCCAUGAAGAGGCCACAGAACCCCAUCAUGGGCUCUCUUCCUUCAGACUGGUGGGAAAGUUACCUGAAGCGUAAUAUUUGGUCCCUUCGUCACCCUCGGGCCACAUGGAGUCCGGUGACAGUCAAGAUCUCGCCUCCUGAGCGGAGACAACGGCCCUUGUUCCCAGUCUCGAGAGUGGUGAACUCCGCUGGGCCUUCAGAGGAGCCACCAGGGUCUUGUGUAAAGGACCCGGUGCUGAGGGCCCUCCUCGAGCGAAGGAAGGGCAUAGCCAGGUGGGAAGAGCCACUGUUCCCUGACAGUUCCGACAGUCAAAGGCAUUCGGCCACCAUAUGGUCCGCCUUUAAGCCCCUGUUGAAAAGUGGGGCCACUGUUUCAUUUGUGGCCAGGCCUGGGUCUCUGAAAAGGAGCCCCCAGGUCCAGAGCUCAGAUCAUAAAUGUAAGAGGUCCAGUUGCUCCUCUGUGGCCCUCUUGGCCAGCAUACAUACCCAAGGCCCCCCCAGCACAAAAAGAAAUGCUAUUACCAGCUCUUAUAGCUCUUCUAGAGAUCUCUCAGAAUCUUGGAAGAGACAUUUUUCCAAGACGUCAGUCCAGACUCCAGAAUGGCCAUUGAAAAAGACAGGAAAAAGUCCUAAUUCUCACCUCUUCGUCACACCCAGGAGCUCUGGGCAGCUAAAUGGGAAGAUUCCUCGACUGCGAUCCGGUUCUAGGCACCUGCUGACUGUACCUUGCCAGCAAGGUCCUGUUGUCACUGAAGAUGACCCAAGAUUAGAGGGGCAAGCUGUACCGAGCUACCAAACCCCAGAAGCUACAACUGGGGCAGCCAGAGACUCCAUUCCAGAGAUCAGGGUUGGAAUUCAGCCUCCCUUGUCUCUCCGUCCGUCGUCUUCUGAGACAGUACUUAGUACCCACGUGAAGCCUCAGCUUGAAAGCUUAAAGAAUAUGCCUGCCCCACAUGGGUGCUCACAGUUAGAGCACACUCAAGGCAUCUCUUCAGACUCCAAACCCUCAGUUGCUUCCAUCCAGGCGUCUCCAAGCUCUCCCACAACACCAGUCACUGAUUCCACCUGGCCAUCUUCAAUCCCUCAGGCUCACAGGUCUGCUGUGCCCCCACACUCACCUGUCAUUAUCCCCACAGCACCCACCACACACAGUGCUUUGGUUGAGGUGGUGAGUGGUCCAAUUCUCCAUCUUCCUGCUUCUGUACUUCCUGUGGACAGGUCUGCUCACUUGGCAUUAAAACCUAUUUGGGGGUCUGUGCACAGUACUGAGGUUAGAACUGCGUCAUACUCCAGAAUUUCUGUCAUGGCUGAGGCAUCUUCAAGCUCUUCUCUCUCCACAACUCCAGGUAGCUUAAGGCCCACCUUCAAGCCUGCACAGAACAGUAUAGAACCACUUAAAACUAUGUCUGAGACAGCUCCUGUGUCCACCGGGCAGCCCUCUCCUUCACUGAGUUUUGAUUCUACCCAUCUUUUCCAGAGCCUAGCCAGCACAGCUCCCUGUGUGGUUACAUCUGCUAUUCCAGCCAGCAAAUCCAAAGAUCCUGGUGUGGAUUUGAACAUAGUGACCAGCACCACAGGCAACUCUUCCUCUGUCCCUUCUUGCGAUACUUUCCUGCUUGGAGCUUCCCAGGAUUUUCCCUCAACCACUGAUUUACUUUCCUCUUCCCAAUGCCCCAGGAUCCCCACUGUACACACUGUCACUAUCUUUAGCCAGGUUCUUACUAGUGCCAUCAAGAUAUCGCCUCUUAGAAGCACUGGUAAACUGAAGGGGGUAGGCAACCCUCUAGCAACUUUGGCCUUAUCAUCCACAGACCAGCAUCCUGUGACCUCAAGCCCCUCCAAGGUGACUUCAGCUCUCACAGCAUCUGUGCAGUCAAGCCCAAAGACACCUUUUCCACCAUCCCAAAGAAAUACUUCUCAACCUUCGCCUGGGGCCAUAGAUGGGCGAAAGCAGUCUUCUCUCCAACUAGCUCCUGCCCAAAGCUUCAGUACCUCUUUCCUUUCAGACAACUCAGGUGUGUCCCCAACCCAGAUGUUAUCACCUGCUCAACUGGUCCUUAGCAAGGCCACACAGCCAGCUUGUGGGGGGUUGACAUCUUCAGCUCCCAUGACCCACACUCCUGCCACCGACCAGCCAGGCUUUGGCAGUCCUCUGGCUGGGUUUCCAUUCAGCAAAGCUAGUUCAGCUGCUCUUAGGGUUGUCAGGCAGAACCACCAGAGUCUGACCUACAGUUCAGUAUUUGGCAGCACAGCCCCGAGACCUUUUGCUUUUGGAGGAUUAGUGACCCCUAUGGAUUGUGGGGAGCCUGAGGUCAUUGUGGCUGCCCCACAAAGGAGCACUUCAGGAGCAAGACAGAGUGUGACCCCAAGCACCCUAGCUCCCUUUGUGCAAUGCUGGAACCAGAGCAUGCAGGGCCCUCCUAAGCAGAUCACACCUUUGGCUGGCAUUCCUGCAAGAAAGAUCAUGUCUGGGGCCCCCUCCCUGGUCCCCUUUGCUCAGAGUACCCCUGUACCUGGAGCAAUUAAGUCGGGUAGCAGUCUUGGCAUUGGGAUGUCCUCUCCAACUGUGCAGGGUUCUGUGGGGAGAGAUCCUUUCAGAACAUUGGAACCUUCAUUCUGUAUUGGUACAAAAUCAAAAACCCUAAGGAAUCGGGAGCCAGGGCGCUCCCGAAAACAUCACACUUACAAGAAAUAGCCCACUCUGUCACACUGCAACAAAGAGCCUUGGUCUCUUUUAACUCCCUAUAACAAACAAGACCAAAAGUGAAAGCUGUAGGUGUCAUAAUCUAAGUCUUCCAAGAAGAUAGACCACCAAUGUGUCAUCAAGUGCUGGCAGAGAAUGAGGCUACGUGAACCUAAAACCACAGAAGCAGUGUAGAAACUCUGAUGCCCUUUCCAUACACUCCUCUCUGUGAGCUCCACAAAUGCACAGCCUCCCAUGUGAGGAAUGGCCAUGGCAGGAAGAUAACAAGCAUCUGUGGAGGAGACAGGUUGAUUCUACAUCUUAGCCUCUCUGUAUUGGGGCUCUAAGAAGUGCUUGACUGUCUUUAAUCUUACAGAGACACCAAGUACUCCAUGUUUGUUUCUCUGGAGGGUGUGGGGGAGGGUUUCCUGGGAGUGUCUGGGUGUGAUCUGAUCUGUGUUCAGCCUGUUCUUGAGGAUCAAGAUUAUCUCUGAGGAUUUUUUUUGUGUGUUGCUCCUUGCCCCACCUUCUCUAUAAAGCCGAUCCAGUCUUUUCCCAAGGAGGUAGUGGCUUAGCCCCAUCCUUCAUUAGGUCAACUUAAUGUAUAAGACUCACUAAUGAAGAUUCAUCCUGUCAUACCUGAAAGGACGGUCAUCCCUCAGGACAGGAAGGGAGGCUCGUGGCCAGUUCCCUCCGGGAUCAAAGCAGGCCAAUCCCUCUUUCUACUACUAGCUUUCCACUUGCUGCCCUCUGCUUGGCCUUCAGGGAGACUUAAUCUUCUCACUGUUAGUUUCUGGUGUGUGUGGUGUUAGGUUUGGAGGCGGUAUGAAGUUGUCAGAGCCAAAUUUCAAUUGCAUAAAUGUCCAUCUGUGGUUUGGCUGAUGGGAUCAAAGAGCAUUGCUUCAGGCUGCAGGGGUGAUUCACCCUCAGUGCACAGCUGCAGUGUGACCUUAGAGGAUGGAUUCCCAGGGAGCCAGCCGGAAGGCAGCAGAGAAAAAUGGAAUGGCCAGGAUGCUGAAGCCUUCUUUCUUGUCCCUACACCACAGACCAUGCUAGGAACUGCAAAUGCCCAAGUACAGAAACUAAAACUUAGCAUUUCAUUUUUAUUUUUAUUGGUGCUUCAUCAAAUCCGCCCUUUCUAUAUUCACAUCUUUCUCUAAGAGGGUCAGCCAAACAUGAAACCCUUAGGCCAAGCAACAAAGCAACAAAAGGUGAACACAGCAGGCAUAUCAUCUGACUCCAGCUCUCAGGCUGGUAGGAAGUGCAUGAGUAAGCUGGUCAUCUUCCUUAGCACUUCUUAGCAACCACCACACACAAACUAAGGCAUACAUGCUUCUUUGGGUACAUUUAUUUUUUAAUGGAUACCUUGGAGAAAAUCUAAUUGAAAAAGUCAUUGACCUUAAAUUGAAUGAUAAAAUAAAAAUAUAUUGUUGAAAAAAA